UUUAUUCUUGCUUAUCAGGUUUAGCUCAGCUUGAGAUUGUGGCCGCGGGUGCGACCGGCAGAGGGCUGGCAGAGGGCCAGCAGAGGGCAGGUCGCGCACGCUCCUCUGGGGGCCGCACCCGCUCCUCUGGGGGCCGCGCCCGCUCCUCUGGCGGUCCUGGCCCUCAGCCGGUCGUGCAGUCGGCCGGCCCUCAGCCGGUCGUGCAGUCGGCCGGCCCUCAGCGGGUUCUGCCGUCGGCCGGUCCUUUGCCGGUCCUGCCGACGGCCGCUCCGUUGCUGCUCCGGCCGACGGCCACUGCGACCCGCGGCCGAUCCUGUGAAGGUCCCACCCGUGCCCGGGUUACCAGACGACCCAUGGCCGCUCGUCCGCCCGUCCGGUCCUCAGAGGACAUCUGUUUAGCUCAGCUUGAGAUUGUGGCCGCGGGUGCGACCGGCAGAGGGCCGGCAGAGGGCCAGCAGAGGGCAGGUCGCGCACGCUCCUCUGGGGGCCGCACCCGCUCCUCUGGGGGCCGCGGCCGCUCCUGUGGGGGUCGCGCCCGCUCCUCUGGCGGUCCUGGCCCUCAGCCGGUUAUCUUUCCACCGUGGGCUGCUCCGGCCACUUCCGGCCACUUCAUCUUUACUUCAGUAGCUCAACCUUCCCUUCCACAAGUGCAGCCAGCACCAGCAUGUGCGCCCCACAAGCGCCAUGCUGGUGCUAUGUCACAGGAGAUACAGACGAGAAAAAGGGCAAGAUUUACGCCUCCUCCUCAACCUUCCUCUACACAAGCUGUCCUUUCAGAGCAAAAAAGAAGAAAAAGAAGGAGGAGAAGGCAAAGGCAAAGGCGAAAUCGGGCUAUUCAACGUGCACUUCAAGCCCAGAGUGCAUCUACUCUCCAGGCUUCGUCUAGCACUGCGGUCUCACAGGCUUCAAUAAGCAGUGCUAUAGACAGCCUGGAGAGAAAGCUGUUUUGCUUGUCCGUUCACAAAAAAUGAAGUUGAGGGCAGCAGCAGCAGCAGAAAGCUUCAAUGAAGCCCCCCCGCCCCAAAAAAUACAAUUAAACAAUUUAAGGACCUGAAACUUGAGAUCAUUGCUUUACAACUUUUUAAACUUAUUACUCAGUUAGCUGGAUUUCAUUGUUAUUUUUUGGGUUCUUUGAUCUAUUUGGUUCUUAGAAUCACAUCCUGUAGUUGCUGUCAAGCAACAGAUUCAAACGUUAAAACCUGUCCGGGAUCAGGUUUAGUUCAACAAUAAUAACAGCUUAUCAGUAUCAGAGGUGAUGGGGGAAGUCUGUCACAUGCGUGUCCUCUCCAUGUUAUUAAGAGAAAUCUGUUGAGGAUGGUGUGAUAUGAGAUUUCUGAAUUCAACGUGUAAAAUGAGAAAAAAGUUGAGAGAGAGAGAGAAAUUUGAUGAGAAAAAAUGAAAAAGAAAUUUGACUCAGACAAAAGGUCCUCCAUUCUUUUAUAAUAGUAACAUUAAAACAGGUUAGAUUACAGAUGAGUACAGUGUUCAAGCUUAAAAUCAGGUAAACAAUUCAAGAUGUCAGGAUCUACAGCCAUACAUUUUACAUAACAUUAACAUUAACUCAUUAGCAGAUGUCAUGAGUUGCAGGGUUUCUUCUCAUGGUUCCCAAAUGGCUACAGACAGACAGCUGUAUAUUCUGUUUGAUAACCGUAUAUCCUCUAGCAAUGAAGAAGCUCAAAGCUGGAAGUUUUAUAUGAAGACGUGGCAGACAGAAAUACUAAUCGUGCAUCAUGGAAGUGUUAUACAGUAAAUUAUUCAUGCGUUUUGUUCGUUGAUUUAUAUGGAUUCGUUUAAAAUAUUUAAUUUUAUUCAUUGUUUUGUUGAAAGAUCAGUCUAAAGACUCGUAUGUUGAACUAAGCGUUCACCUGAUUUAUUGCCUAAACAUGUUUUCACUUCAAUAUAAGCUUGACCCGAACCAAACGCACAUCUAUCUUACUGUAAAAACUGUACAUUAUAUCAGCACCCUUCAAACUAACUUGUUUUUUCUGCAUUUCUCAUCCUUUAGUUCCCAAAGAGACAUGAAGAGACUGACAGAUCCAGCUCCGGUUCAGUGUGAUGCUCAAUGAUGACUGCAGCCAUAGAGUCAACCAGAAGCAAUGAAAUCUGUGAUGAUCAAGCCUUUAACUUUGCAUCCCAUGAUCUGCCGCCAAUGAAUGUGACGCCAUUGCAUUCAUUUUGUCAUCUUACAUCCAGCUGAGAGGGACUUUCGGCCACAUAAAAAUAUUCAGAUAAUCAUCCCAUCAUAUAUUAAUUCUCAUGAUGUAUUUUAAGUACUAAUGUAAAAAUAUGUUUAUGGUUUUAUUAUUUUCACAGAUAAGUGAUGCGGUGUGAGGAUGAGACCUUACACAUGCUCCUGAAGUGUGAUGCAGAAACGAAAUCGGAGGAUUUAUCUGUCUCUGACCACAACUACACCUAAAAAUCACAGCUGAACCUGAAGCCACCUACAUCUGAUAUGACACAACAGGGCUGUUUCCCAGAUGGGCUUAUUCUAGUACCAGACUAAAAUGCAAAUGUGAGCUGCCAUCAUUUUGUACUGACAUCUCAACAUAUAUCAGUGUUUUGUCUCAAGAUGCACACCAGUAUCGUUUUUAAUAUAUAUAUUUUUUAAACUACUUAAAUUUGGUCACAUAUUAAAACAUUUUAUUUGAUUAAGGGGCAGAUUCCCAAAGAGGGAUUAGAUUAAUCCAGAACUAGGUCUUAGUUAUAUUACGACAUUUAAGUAGUUUUUACAAACAUACCUUACAAAAUAACAAUACUGGGUGCAUCUUAAAACAAAACAUUGGCACUGAUAUAUGUUAAUGUCAAUACAAGAGGUUUUUAAAUAUAUUUAGAUUUUUUUUGUUAAACGAAGGCAACUCAAACAUGCAUUGUAGUCUGGGACUGAGAUAAGCCCUGUAUGGAAAACCACCCCUAAAUAUCUACAGUAUCUAACAGGUGGUAAACUUGGCCUGUUUAAUGAAAAUAUUGAAUUGAUGUUAUUUCUUGACACUAAACAUUUCUGUUGGUUUUCAUAGUGAGAUCCAAAUAAUUUUAAUGUUGGAGCACACACGCACAAAUAUAUUGAAUGACAUUUUAUUCAUUAUGUUUAAACACUUUGGGGCGAUUUCCCGGACAGGGAUUAGACUAGUCCUAGUCUGUCCAAAUUGAGGCACUUUGUUUUGCCCCAAAAUGCACACAAGUAAUGUUUUAAGUAAGGCAUGUUGGUAACACUUUACAAUAAGGUUCAUUAGUUAACUACAUUAGUUAACAUGAACUAAUAAUGAACUGCACUUAUAAAGCAUUUAUUAAUCUUGGUAAUGUUAAAUUCAACAAUUACUAAUACUUUAUUAAAAUCUUGUUAACGUUAGUCAAUGCACUGUGAACUAACCUGAACAAACAAUUUAAAGAUUUAUUUCUAUUAACUAACAUUAACAAAAUUU